AUGGGCUUAUGUACCCACCCUGACGCGGAGAAAACCUGGGGAACAUCGGGUCAAUUCCGGAGUCAAUCGUCCGCUGGCCGUCGAUCUUUCCUGGGGGUUCUGAUGGCUUCGGGGCGGGCGAAUGUGCUCGGGCGUGAUUCCUCCGAGCGACGGGAUAGUGGCAGUGAUAAGCACCAUAGGCAUCACCAGCAGCUGCAGAGGAGCUUCUCUUCCAACCUGGCACCUCUCAGAAUGACGGUAGACAUAGCGAACCACCAGAUCCAGUCCAAGGGAUCCCAGCCUCUAGAGAGAAUCUUCUCGGAAAGUGUGCUGGCCAAGAUCCUCCGCGUGGCCGUCGAGGCUUUAGACAACAACGACCCUCCAACCGAGUAUCCGGAGUUCGUCCCUCAAAAAGGACCCUCGACCGGGCGCUAUGUCCUCCGCGAAUCCUCCUUCUGGACCUGCGGCUUCUUCCCCGGGCUCUUGUACGUCCUCCUCGAACGGGCCAUCCAAUACCCCUCGGCCUUUCCAUACCUGGGACACCCUCACAGCCUCGAUCCAGCCAGCCUGCGCGACCACCUCGUCGCCCUCUGCACCAAAUGGACCGCCCCCAUCUACCCGAUGUCCCUGCGAACCGACACCCACGACCUCGGCUUCAUCCUGGCCCCGUCGCUCCGCCGCUCCUGGGAACUCACCGCCAAUCCCAACAGUCUUCGCGCUCUCCUAACAGGCGCGCAAAGCCUCGCCUCGCGCUUCGUGCCCGCCACCGGCGCCAUCCGCAGCUGGGACGUCCUCCGCCAGUCCGACGUGGACAUCACCUCCCUCGAGACCGACUGCCUCGUCAUCAUCGACAGCAUGAUGAACCUCAAUCUUCUCUACUACGCGGCGGCGCAUCUGGGUCCGCAGCUGGCGGCGAUUGCGACCACGCAUGCGAAGACCCUCCUCCACUCCCAUCUGCGCCGGGAGACGAUACCCGGAACGGCGAGGGCGGGUUACUCCACCAUCCACGUCGUCAAUUUUGACCCCGCCACGGGUGCGAUCAAGGAGCGCCGCACUGCGCAGGGGUACGCGGCGGACUCGACGUGGGCGCGCGGCCAGGCGUGGGCGAUUACCGGGUAUGCGCAGACGUACGCCUGGACCCGGGACCGGCAGUUCCUGGAUGUUGCCAUCGGGCUGGCCGAGUACUUCCUCGCGCGACUGGAGGGGGCGCCGCCUUGCGUGGAGCAGAGGGUGGAUGGCAGGAGGGUCGGCCGGUACGUGCCGCUGUGGGACUUUGAUGCGCCGGUCGACGAGGCGAGUCCGCUGCGGGAUUCCUCUGCGGGGGUGAUUGCCGCGAAUGGGAUGCUGUUGCUCUCGCAGGCGCUGGUUGGCGCGGACGACGGCCUGGCGCGGCGGUUUCGCGAGGCGGCGAUGAGGAUUGUGAGCGAGACGGUGGAGUGUUCGUAUUCGCGGGAGGAGGCGAGACUGGUGGAUGGAGGGAAGCAGGUGGAGGACGUGUCCGGGAGUCGCUUUGAUGCGAUUCUGCGCAAUGCGACGGCGAAUCAUAAUGCGAAGGACCUGGAUCGGUACAGUGACCAUGGGCUUGUGUAUGCGGAUUACUAUCUGCUGGAGUUUGGGAAUCAGCUGUUGAAGCUGGGACUGAUAUAG